CCGGUACAUAUAAAGUAAAAAAGUCCUAGUGAAGCAUUGUGUCACAUGAUUAUAUGAUUUAACUGGCGAAGUAGAUUCUUCUAACUAAUUGAGGGAUUACUUUUGAUUAAUUACUGAAGUAGAGAAAUGUUAAAGGUCAUUUGUGGCCUUUAAGAUCUACUUGGAUUCACAAUUAAGCGCGCAGGCUCUCCUGUUGCCUACUCAGUGGCCAAGAUGCCGCCGACUGCAGAUCUGAAAUCCUUUAUAACUGGCCUCACCAAAGAACAUAAGGUCAUGGUGUUCAGCAAAACAACUUGUCCAUUUUGUAUCCAGGUGAAGAAUCUGUUUACAUCCAUCAAAGUGGACUAUAAAGCCAUGGAGUUAGAUACUGAAGGUAAUGGGUCAGCUAUACAGCACGUCCUGACAGACAUGACAGGUCAGAGAACAGUACCCAGUGUAUUUAUCAAUGGUAAACAUCUUGGAGGCUGUGAUGACACACUGAGAGCACAUAAAGAAAACAGGUUGUUACCAAUGAUAAAUCCGCCCACUGAUAAAUAUGACUAUGAUCUCAUAGUUAUAGGUGGGGGCUCUGGCGGCCUGGCAGCAUCAAAGGCUGCUGCAGCCCUGGGGAAAAAAGUAGCUGUAUUUGACUUUGUGAAACCAACUCCAAUUGGAACCACAUGGGGUAUUGGUGGAACAUGUGUGAAUGUAGGAUGUAUACCGAAAAAACUGAUGCACCAGGCAGCUCUUUUAGGUCACAGUUUCCAUGAUGCCAAAGAAUUUGGAUGGCAAAUGCCAGAAAAAAUUGAACAUAAUUGGGACACUAUGAAAAAUGCAAUUCAGGACCAUAUAGGCUCCCUUAACUGGGGCUAUAGAGUUCAGCUUAGGGACAAAAAAGUAGAAUACAAGAAUGCUUAUGCAGAGUUUGUGGAUAAACACAAGGUUAAGGCUGUAGAUAAAAAAGGGAAGGAGAUGUCUUACUCAGCAGACAAAUUUAUACUUGCCACAGGUGAACGACCAAGAUAUCCAGAUAUACCAGGUGCCAAGGAGUAUGGUAUAACAAGUGAUGACUUGUUUUCCCUACCAUACUGCCCGGGUAAAACACUGGUGGUAGGAGCAUCAUAUGUAUCCCUCGAGUGUGGUGGGUUCCUGCAGGCACUAGGACUUGAUGUAACAAUUAUGGUACGCUCAAUCCUUCUGAGAGGUUUUGACCAACAGAUGGCUGAGAAGAUCGGAGAGUAUAUGUCCAACCACGGAAUGAACUUUAUACGACCAUGUGUGCCUACAAAGGUGGAACAGCUGGAGGCAGGUUCACCAGGAAAAUAUAGAGUAACAGGACUGUAUUCAGAUGGAACUCCAUACACAGAUGAAUUUAACACUGUGUUAUUUGCAAUAGGUAGAGAUGCAUGUACAGGAAGUAUAGGACUAGAUAAAGUAGGAGUAAAGACCAACAAAAAUGGAUUCAUUCCAGUGGAUGACAGUGAACAAACAAACAUAUCUAACAUAUAUGCUAUUGGUGAUAUACUGGAGGGGAAACCAGAACUAACUCCUGUAGCUAUACAAGCAGGAAAACUGCUUGCCAACAGAUUGUUCUCAAAUAGUGAUACAAAGACUGAUUACAAGAAAGUUGCGACUACAGUAUUUACACCACUAGAGUAUGGAGCAAUUGGGUAUGCUGAGGAAGACGCCAUCAAGGAGUUUGGAGAGGAAAAUAUUGAGGUAUAUCAUACACACUUCCGACCACUGGAGUGGACUGUGCCUCAUAGAGAAGACAAUGCUUGCUAUGCGAAGCUGGUGUGCCUUAAACCAGAUGAUAUGCGUGUGGUAGGAUUACAUGUACUAGGUCCUAAUGCAGGGGAGAUAACCCAGGGAUAUGCUGUAGCAAUGAAGCUGAAUGCAACUAAAGCAGAUUUUGAUGAUACCAUUGGUAUACAUCCCACAUGCUCUGAGGUAUUCACUGUUCUAGAUGUUACCAAGAGAAGCGGUGGUGAUGUAAGCCAGUCUGGUUGCUGAGGUUAAUCCCUGCUGCUGAAACCAUUCACUUAAAACUGACAACCAGUCGACUGUAAACUUUCUACAUCAUGCCUAGCCAGUCAUUAGAUGAACAACCAGUCUGCUUUGAACAGCCUACAGAUUAUUAAACCAGUCUUCUUUGAACUCAACAUAUAAGAUGGAACCAGUCAUUAAAUGAGCAACUAAAUUAGUACAUUCUACAUAAAACAGAGAAACAAUCUACUAGUCAAUUGUUUGUGAUGAAAAUAUAAUGUGUUUUUUUUAACAAAUAGAGAAGCAUGUGUUUUUGAAAACAGUAGAUACUUGGUUUAUUCGUCAUCUGAGGAUUUUGAUGAAAAUGAUUGUGUGGGUACCAUUCCAGUGUAUCUUAUCGUCAUUUGGAAGUGUUCUAGUCAAAGUGUUUGACACUUCAGAUAUUGUAAAAUUUGAUGGUACAAAAUUUGAUUCAAAGACCAGAACUUAAUUGAUAUCUUAUUACUUUAAAUAUUGUAAGUUGUAUUGAAGUUGGACUGGAAUGUUCCUGGUUUAUGUGAUGUUUUGAAGGGUUAUUGGUUUUGACAGGUUGGGUCUUAGUUUUAGUGAAUUCAGCAGCAGGGCUAAAUGCUUUUUUGUGAAUCAAUCUAGUUUUUGCAGACUGUGUUCUGCUUGUAUGACAGACUGGUCUAAAAACUCGCUGAGUUGGACUGAUCUUGAUGUAACCUAGACUGAUUCACACUUUGUAUGAACAUGGCACAGAAGAGGUAGAGAUCCAUGUCUUUCAAACUUCCUGUAUUAUUUGCUAUUUCAUAAUUUGUAAUCAAAAAUGUUUUGAAUGUGGAAUAAAAUCGUAAAAUCGAACUUUUCUUUAUAGAUAGUUCUAUAUGUUUAACAAGUUGGCCACACAUCAUGAAUACCAUGCAAAUUUAUUCCUUUUUUUUUAAAAAAGUGAACUACAAAUGUAUAAGCCUUGGGGGCAAAAAUAAAUAAUUUUACAGUAUACUGCAUCAUGGAUUGAAGAAACUUUAAACUAAUAUUAUAAAUCCGUUUAUUCCAGCUGUAAAUCAGUUUAUGCUAACCUGAAUUGAUUGAUUGAUAUUAAUAUUUUUUAGUGUCAUCAGAAAUGAUUUUUUGUCAAUUUAUUAUUUUCAAGUAUUUUGUUCAUAAUAUUCAAAUUGAAUGACCUGCAAUUAUAUGCAUUUUAUGAAUUAGUCUUCAUGCACUGCAUAUAAAGUAGUGACCUAUUCUGAAACCAAAUAAUGGAACAGAAUUCCUUAAAUUGCUGAUCAUGACAGUACAAAUUCGUCUUUAACAUGUUGUUUUAUUGUACUGAAUUAUUGUCCCAUCGUUUUUGAAGUGAUAAAUUGUUUGGCGCAUAUGCUUUAUAUUUCAGCUUUGCAAGAACUAUUUACACUUGCUUAAUUUUCUUUGUUAUUCAUACAAAUUGUGCUGUAUAAUAUGGAAAUUACGUAAUUUAAUUGAUGUAUUGAAAGACAAAGUACAUGUACCUGUUACAUGUGUUUUGUGUUACAGUUUAGGUAAGGUGGGCUUAUGUGGUUGUUAUUAAAAACUACAAUUACAGAAUUAGAACAAAAUAUGAAGGAUAGAAACAGUUCACAGUUUCUUGCAUAUACACUUGCGUGAAUUAAAAACUCAGCAUCUUUAUUUUCAGGAUGUCGAACUUACCUAAUGUAUUCAUCUACCACAUGCAUAAUAAGUAUAUGAUAGAGGUGGUUUUUCUAUAACUACUUCUUGUCAAGCUGUCAUUUUGCAAAUAUUUGGCAUUUGAAAUGAACAAGUUUGCAAAUGUUAUAAUAGAUGACUUUGGAGAUAAUUAAAAAUGUAGGUGUAGUUUUGCCACACAUGGAACCCAUGAUAGCAGCCUGCCCAGUAUUCGUUUGGUAACUUUCAUCCUUUCAUAAUAAGUGGAUGGUGUGUGGUCUUGUUGUGUUACAUUGCUUUAAGAUUUAAAAAGACUUGGAACCAGUGUCUUACCCAUAAGUAGUCAUAAGAGGUGACUGAUAGGGUCUGAACACUGGUUUUUGUUGAUUCCAGGAGGUAUAAAAGUUCAUUGAAUUUUGUAUAUCAAUAAGAACACCACAAGCUCAACGUGCUCAGGAUUCCAAUGGUCACGCUUCAUUAAAGCAGAAGAAAUCACUAUAUUAUAUCAGAUUUAAUAAAUUAUCAUAGAUGAACAUAAAAAUAUUAAGUGUUUGCAUGAAUGAAAUAUUUGCCAUAUAUGGAUGUUGCCUUUUUUAUUCACGUUAGUGUAGUUUUGAGUUUUUACUGAUAAAAUCGGAGAAUAAUUUGUGGUUGAUUGUUUUUUGCUGUAAUAUAAUUUGUCUUAAGAAUUUGCACAUUUACUGUUGAUUAUAUAAAUACAGUUGUUUGAAAUGUUCUGUGCAUCAGGGUCUUAAGUAUGAAAAAAGUGCUACUUAAAUCAGAUAUACUGAUUGCGAUGAUACUGUAGAAAUAGUUAUGGUUAUUGUUUCAAAUAAAGGUACAGGAAAGAAAGUUA